AUGGCUAGGAAUACUUCUUUUGCCAAGUUCUUCCUAAUCUUUCUCAUCUGCUUACUCCUAGCAAACUCAGAAUUCAAUUCUAUUGAUGUGAUCAUAUAUACAGAACUAGUAGCUGCAAAAGUAUGCAAGCGCAGAAGCAAGACGUGGUACGGGGUGUGUAUCUGGUCAUCCCACUGCGAUAACCAGUGCAGGAAGUGGGAGAAAGCCAAGCACGGGGGAUGCCAUGGCACUGCAUGCUACUGUUACUUCUGUGACUAG